GGGGUUGAGGUCUCAUCGCGGUCAGGCAAGAACGCAGCUUCGGAUUCCGAAAUGAAGGCGAUCGUCUGCAUUGUGCUGGCUCUGUCAGCCGCCGUGGCUGCCAAUGAAGGCUUCUAUCCUUACUCGGUCCAGCGGACGCCCGACGCCUUCGACAACUACAAUCGCAACCACUACCAGCCGGUCAAGCAUAGCGGCUUGUGGGACCGCCUGUUUGGAGCUAACCGGCGCCAGGGAAUCCUCGAAGGCCUGGGAGGAAUUGGUGGUCCCGUCGCCGUGGUUGGGGUCGUGGUCGCCGGCAUCAUAGCCGCCACUGGACUCGCCGUCGUCAUCGCCAACAUCAACUCAUCCGGCCGAGGUCUGGACACAGACGACUGGGAGGACAGCCAGUCGGUUUGGAUGGACCAGCUGGUGCGGGACUUCGAGGACUCCUGGCAGACUGCGGAGUAGGCCUCAGACAUCUGGCAGUUGGGCACGCCACUUCAAGAGCUUGGCAGCACUUAAGUUUCCGUGUUCAUGCGGGCGGCAUCCACCAUGCUGUCCACCUUGCUAGCAUGCACGGAUGCGUAUUGAAGUCAAUCUUGGAUGUCUUCCCUUACUGUUGACACCAAAACUGUUGCAUGUUAGUUACCAGACCGCGCCAAAUGACUUCUGCCAUUCAUGUGGUAUUAAUGAUUUGAAAUGGGCUGUUUCCUCUUGCUGUUACAUAAGAAGGUGCUUAUCACUUUGGACGAUUUCUGCCGAACAAUUGAUUACUGCUUGCUUUGUGCGUUGUUAUUUGAUUUCGCCAGUUCGUUUUUGUUAUUUUUGGCGACUAUGAGCAAUUAUUACCCCUGCGAUGAAAUGCAAGGAACUUGUUGUUACGCCUGUGGUGUUGAUAAUUAUUCAUGUCAACUGUUGUGAACACGUUCAUCAUGUGAAAUACAUUCCCAUGAAUGUCUCA